AUGCAGGCGAUGAAGCUGGAGAAGGACAAUGCCAUGGACAAGGCAGACACCUGCGAACAGCAGGCCAGGGAUGCCAACCUCCGCGCUGAAAAGGUCAACGAGGAAGUCCGUGAGCUCCAAAAGAAGCUCGCUCAAGUUGAAGAGGACCUGUCUCUCAACAAGAACAAGCUCGAGCAGGCCAACAAAGACUUGGAAGAGAAGGAGAAGCAGCUCACCGCGACUGAGGCGGAGGUGGCAGCCCUCAACAGGAAGGUGCAGCAAAUUGAGGAGGACCUUGAAAAGUCUGAGGAGAGGUCUGGCACCGCACAGCAGAAACUUCUAGAAGCCCAGCAGUCCGCUGACGAGAACAACCGUAUGUGCAAAGUAUUGGAGAACAGAUCACAGCAAGAUGAGGAGCGCAUGGACCAACUCACCAACCAACUGAAGGAGGCCCGUCUCCUCGCUGAGGAUGCUGACGGAAAAUCUGAUGAGGUGUCCCGCAAGCUGGCCUUCGUUGAAGACGAGCUUGAAGUUGCUGAAGACCGUGUCAAGUCAGGAGACGCCAAAAUUUCAGAACUAGAAGAAGAAUUAAAGGUCGUAGGUAACUCCCUUAAAUCACUGGAGGUCUCGGAAGAGAAGGCCAACCAGCGUGUAGAGGAAUUCAAAAAGCAAUUGAAGACCCUCACCAUCAAGCUGAAGGAGGCUGAGGCCCGCGCCGAAUACGCCGAAAAGACUGUCAAGAAACUGCAAAAGGAGGUCGACAGGCUCGAAGAUGAGCUCGGCAUCAACAAGGACAGAUACAAGAGCUUGGCUGAUGAAAUGGACUCCACCUUCGCCGAACUUGCCGGAUACUAG